CGCGUGGUGACCGAGUCCUUGCGCAAUCGCGAAUCUGCAGGACCAGAGUACGUUCGAGUCGGUGGCGCGAGUCGGAGGCGACGGGCACGACGAGGCGGCAGGCCCCUGGCAGCCUGUCCGCCAUGGACUAGCCACUCGCCAGUCCGCUGCAGGGGCUCCUCGCCACCCGCACAUAUUUUAGGAGUUUAAAGUCAUCAUGACCGUGGUCAACGAAUGGGUGGCAGGGACUCGUUUCGGCGGUUGGGUGCAGAGAUGCCGGGAGUCGCGCCGCCUCGUGCUCGUCAUCGUCGCCAUAGCGCUGCUUCUGGACAACAUGCUGCUAACCACCGUCGUACCGAUUAUUCCGGAGUUUUUGUACGACAUCAACCAUCCCGACGCACCUUUGGAUAAACCGAGUCGGGCCAUAACAACCAAGGCCACACCAACUCCGAAUCCAUGUGCAAAGUAUAUGAAAAACCAAGAUGUCAACAUCACUGCUACGACAUCGAACUAUUUGGAUAACAUAACAACAACGCUAGAUCCCGAAGCGGAGGAAAAAGAACUAAGACAUAAGGAUCUAGUCCAAGAAACGGUGCAAGUGGGAAUGAUGUUUGCUUCGAAGGCAUUUGUGCAGUUAUUGGCAAAUCCAUUCGUUGGACCUCUAACUCACAAAAUAGGCUACAGCGUCCCCAUGUUUGCCGGUUUCGUCAUAAUGUUCCUUUCAACAAUAAUAUUUGCAUUCGGUCGAAGCUACAGCGUUUUGUUCAUUGCGAGGGCACUCCAAGGAGUCGGAUCUUCCUGCUCCAGCGUAUCCGGGAUGGGAAUGUUGGCUGAAAGAUAUCCCGAUGACAAAGAACGGGGCAAUGCGAUGGGCAUUGCACUGGGUGGGCUGGCACUUGGGGUGCUCAUUGGGCCACCCUUUGGCGGCGUCAUGUACGAGUUUGUGGGCAAAUCUGCUCCCUUUCUCAUCCUCUCGGCGCUUGCUCUCGGAGACGGCCUCCUUCAGUUGUUGAUGUUACAACCAUCCGUCGUCCGACAGGAGUCCGACCCGCCGUCGCUAAAGGCAUUAAUCAGCGAUCCUUAUAUAGUAAUAGCAGCAGGUGCAAUAACAUUCGCCAACAUGGGCAUUGCAAUGCUGGAACCUUCUCUUCCCAUCUGGAUGAUGGAUACGAUGGGAGCCGAGCGAUGGAAGCAAGGAGUGACUUUUCUCCCGGCGAGUAUUUCGUACCUCAUCGGUACGAACCUUUUCGGACCGUUGGGUCACCGUAUGGGGCGAUGGUUGGCCGCUUUGUUGGGCCUUGUCAUUAUAGGGAUUUGUCUAAUGCUGAUACCGCUCGCUACAAGCAUGAACCACUUAAUCGUCCCAAAUGCCGGUCUCGGGUUCGCAAUAGGGAUGGUCGAUAGUUCCAUGAUGCCCGAAUUGGGGUACUUGGUCGACAUCCGACACACCGCGGUUUAUGGCAGCGUCUACGCCAUCGGCGACGUCGCUUUCUGUCUUGGUUUCGCUAUUGGCCCAGCUUUGAGUGGAACUCUAGUUAAGAAAAUCGGCUUCGAAUGGAUGCUUUUCGGCAUUGCCAUACUCAAUUUCCUGUACGCACCGCUUCUCAUCAGUCUGAAAAACCCACCGACCAAGGAAGAGAAAAAGAUGCUGCUGAUGGAGGAGAAGACUUCGGUGCGUUAUGUCACGUACCAGAACGAAGACGAAGAGGAAUAAACUGGCAAUGCAUUAAAGAUAGUUAAUGUUCCAAAGAAAAUUUGGAUGAGGUAUUGUUAACGCGCUCUGGGAGCGUAUGAACAGUCUUUCAGAGUUUAUUUGUGUUGUUAUUAAGUUUUAAGAAAGAUCGUGCUUCUGUACCCGAAAUCGACUCUUUGAUGGGAGUUGCAACCGUCAAAAUUGUUUGUGUGGGGGCCCUCGUUUUUGGAUUAUUGUGAAUGGCUGCACAUAAUCCAGUCCUGCGGGAGACGAGGCAAUCAGAAGUCCCCAAAUUCCGAAACCUAUUGGCUUGAAUUUGUGAAAUACUGGCGCUCCCAUCUCAAGCCCGGCUAAUGAUUGCCAUACAGCAUAAUAUUCAUCAGUGUCUAAUCUUAUUUAUAAUUUGUGUAGCAACUAUUCGGCUGAAAUAUGCAUAUAAGAGAAUUGCUGAGCCAAUCAAAACACAUCAUUUUGGGAAAGCCUGGUGUGCGGGGGUCAGCCCCCGAGGAUGCAGUAAGGGGACCUUAAUGUUGAUGCUUAUUUAUCGUUAAUUAUGUAUAACCAAACAGUAUAACCUGUGACUCGGUCGUUGUGUUUUUAUCUGUCUGUCGUCUCCGCAGAUAUUUUACCUUCAGGAGGUCCGAGCUCCAAAGAAGAUUAUUGUGAAGAGACAAUAAUCAGCAUUGUAAUCAGUCCCAAUAUACCUGUGACCAAAUAAAAACAUUUUCGUUUAAAGCUGGUAAGGGUCCGAACAACAAGGGCAAUCAUGCACAGCGCGUGAUGCCGUUAAGUAUUUUUGCUAAACAAUAGGGCCGCAACGUGGCACCUGGUUUAGAUGUAGUCUUAAUUGCAUGUUAGACAUUAUUCUUAGAGAGAUCUAUAUAACACUCGAUAUGUAGGGUGGCUAUAAGUGGUACUCAAUGUUCGAUGUUAUGUCUAUCUAAUUUGUGGUGCAAUAAAUGGAACAAAAGUUAUUAAACUUA